CGCCGUUCACGCGCUGUCUAAUCUGCGGCUCGCGCUCGCUCGUGGCUCGCUCUGGCUGCUGCUGUUGCUGCACGAGCCGGUUCGGUUGGCUGUUAUUAGCGGAGGCCAACGGUCGCUGUGAUUCUCCAGAGCGCCGCGGGUCAUGUAGCCUGGUUUAGCGGCGGCGGGAGCGGCUGUUUUCGGGGGUUUUGUGUCGUUGUUUGGGGCUGACAGCGCGCAGGAAGAGUGGAGAGGCCUGCAGGAAGAAAGUUUAACGACUGAGGAGCGGCAACAAGUGCGCGGAGAGAGCGGAGAGCCGCGGAACUCACUUAUCUCACUCACUAAACACGGAACUCAGUAACUAGCGCUAACGGGCUUCGGCUAAAAACACUCCGGCCAGCCAUGACAGUCCAGCCGCCGCUGAACUGAAGAAAGCGGCGCAAAAACGAAACAAAACAAAACUUGGAGAUAACACACACACUCAUACACACACACUUACACAGAUAAAACUCCGCCAUGGGACCCAAACAGAGCAGCCCGGCCGCCAACGGCCGCCUCCGGGCUUACUCCGGCUCCGACCUGCCCUCCUCCACCGCGGCCAGCUCCGGCAGGGCGGCCGUGCUGAGGUACUAUGCGGGCGGCGCGGGGAGCCAGCCGGCAGCGCAGCGGGGAGGGCGGUACGGCGCGGACGGCAGACCCGGCUCGCUGAUCCAGUCCGCGGUUAUAGCGAGCAGCGGCGGCGGGACUCCGAGACACGGAGAAGACCCGGAUAGAGAUCAGGACCAGUCCGGUCCAAGACUUCUUAUAGGCUCCUUACCUGCACACCUCUCCCCUCACCUGCUUGGAGCUGGAUUCCACUGUCCUGUGUGCUCAAAGUUUGUUGCUUCAGAUGAAAUGGACCUCCACCUCGUCAUGUGUCUCACCAAGCCAAGACUUACCUAUAACGAAGAUGUUUUGACAAAGGACUCUGGGGAGUGUGCGGUAUGCUUGGAUGAAAUGGUGCAGGGGGACACCAUUGCCAGACUGCCCUGCCUCUGCAUCUACCACAAAGGGUGUAUUGAUGAAUGGUUUGAGGUGAACCGGUCUUGCCCAGAGCACCCCACUGAUUAAACCUCGGCUAUUAUUGCACAGGUUUUUAUUUCACCACUUAAUAUUCCCCAAUUUCAUCUCUGAGGAAUAGCUUCAAAGGCAACAUGCAGAAAACUGGGACUAUGUAAGCUGUGAUCCAGGACUUCACUGAUUUAUAAGGUUCACCUGUUAGCAGCCAAGGCCUGUGCCAAAAGACAUUAAAAAGCAAAGCCUCAGGGAUCCUGCUCAUGUGUGUAAUGUACCCCGUGGUCCUUUCACCAUUUUAACACACCAAAGGACAAAAUGCCUACAAGCCCUCCAGUGUGUGUUAGGCCAUCCGGGCAUCAGGUUGUAGCCUUUAAAACUGUGUCUCUGUGUCAGCACUGGACAAAUCUCUUUUUCCUCCGGACAUUUCAAACCAUGCUUGAGGCAAGAAGAAUAUUUCAGCCAUCGGAUGCAUGACGGAAACAGAAAGAUGGUGAUUUUUUUUUUGUGAUGUGGCCAAUUUGAGGAUAAACUAGAGCAGUGGUUCUUAAUCCUGUUCGUAGAGGAUGCUCUGCCAUGCACGUUUUAUGUCACGUCCACACCCAUCCUGUUUUUAAAAAAAUGGGAAAAUGCUGUUUUUGGGUGGUUUAGAGUGGUUCAGUGGUCUAAAGCGCUGCCACUAUGUUUGAGAGAGAUCGCCAGUUCAAAUCCUGUUUAUGUAGCUUGCCAUCAGGUGCCGGAGCCUUGUGAGAGCACAAUUGCCCUUGCUCUCACUCUCUGGGUGGGUACAGUAGAUGGCGUUCUUUCCACACAUCAUUCCUCGGGUGAUGUAGAUCAGCACAAGGCUGCAUCUGUGAGCUGAUGUAUCAGAACUGAGUCGCUGCGCUUUUCUACGAGCGUUAGCGCUGUGAUGCUACUCGGCAAUGCUACAGCAUCAGCAGCAGUUCAAAAAGAGACGUGUGCUAGUCUUUACACUUCUGGUGUUGGGGCAUCACUAGUGAUAGGGGGAUUCCUAUAGAGUGAAUUGUAAAUUGUGUAGAAAAUGGGGGAAGAUUUUUGAAAAAAUAGAGAUUUUUGAAUAUAUGAAAAUGCUGAAGUUACAAUGCUUGCAUGUUUCUGUGUGAAUCUCAAGUAUCUCCUUACUCCCUAUAUAGUAAACUACAUGAGUCAUAAAACGUUUAACUUCUACAUGCAGAUAGAUUUGCACUAAAUUUCAGCAUAUGAAUAAAUGUAAAGUAAAUGUGAUUCUAUUGCAAAUUUAAAAUGCUCUGUUCAGAAACAGAAUCUGCAGUUUCAUGACUUGUUUAUUACAUUACUUAGGGAGAAGUGUGUACGAUGGGAUUACAUUUCUUCUGUUUUCUUCAUGGUGAUUUGUUAUUUCAAAAAUGGAGGGAGGUAAAUGUCCUUUAUUUAAAAAUAUUCAGAUAUGUGUGGGCAGGGCUUUAGUUGUUAAUUUCCCAUGGCUAAAAAAAAGUCAGGAAACCACUAAAACCUGCGGGGCAGGGAGUCCUCCUGAACCAGGGUUAGGAACCACUGCGCUAGAGGAUGAAUUUUUCUGUAAAUACAGAUCUGGAGUAGCCACUAAUUGAUUUUUUCAUAUUUUUUUCUCUCCACAUCCAUUUCAAAGAAAUGGUCUUUUGUCAUUUGUCCUGUUUUCUUUUCUAGUGUAGAGAUCACAUAGCAGGGUGCUAUAACAAUCAAGUGCCGUUUGUCAGUGUGCUGCUACGUUUAUCACAAACCAUAGUCACAAAUGAACUGUUUUACUAAGCAUUUCGGUACCACUUUAAAAUAAGAUUACCUUUUAUAAAGGGUUUAUAAAUGGUUUACAAUUAGUUUAUUAAUGGUUACUAAUUAGGUUGUAAGUGCCUUAAAAAUCAUGAUUAAUAAUCAGUUAUAACACAUACGUAGAAAGGGCAACAGUAUAGAUGGCUGUGUAAUAUAGUUCACUAUUUGGCAAACAACAGGUCAUUGUUGCCCUUUCUAUGUAUGUGUUAUAACUGAUUAUUCAUGAUUUUUAAGGCAUUUACAACCUAAUUAGUAACUAUUAAUAAACGAAUUGUAAACCAUUUAUAAACCUUUGUAAAGGUAGUCUUAUUUUAAAGUGGUAGCAGCAUUUCUUUCCUACGACUUCAGCUCUGUUCAGAGUAGCUUAGGAACGAAGAUCAAGGUAAAUGUGAAAUUUAAAGAUUACUACUCUGACCACUUUUUGUUGUUGCUAAUGUUUUAUUAGUCACAAAAUAUGAUGCCAUAGCUGAUAAAUCAUCGGUUCAGUAAUUUCAACGUUGACUGUUUUGAUUGUAGACAUGUAAAGCUCUGCCAUUCUUCUAUAUAAGGUUUGUACUGUAGUUCAGCUUCACAGGAAAUUCUGGAAAAAAAAAUCACUUAACUGUUCUGUUGUACUGUAUUACCGUA